GAGCCAUUGAAUAUCUAAUUCGAAGUCUACUGUUGAGGCUUGAUGGCGGUUAUCGAUUUCAGCCAGAGACCGUCGUUGUAUUAUCGAUCCUGAACAAGUCUCUCAAAUUUGGACAAGUUGGAAAAUAUAUAAAAAGCCAACACCUCGAUUGCUCAUUCUGUUUGUCGUAGAAGACUCUUUCAAUCGGACACGAUUGGCGAUAUAAUUGUCAAUUCACUGCUUCUUUUUCAAAUUACUUUUCCUUGACACCUGGCCUUGUUCAAUGAAAGCCAAGAGCCACACCUUCUGAAGUGCCUUCGCUGCCUACGGAAUGCCACGAGCUGGUACCGCUGCAGGCCCUGCAUGCAAGACAUGCCGGGAGAAGUGCCGCAAGUGUGACCGCGGUAGACCCAAGUGUCAACGCUGCAUCUCAAAAGGCUUAGAAUGCGGUGGGUACCCCGACCAGUACCGGUUUUGCGGAAUCGCUAGUCGGGGAAGGUGGAAAGGCGCACGAGUGCCGACUCCAAGGAACACCAAAGCUAAAUCUACCGUUGCUGAGUCGCAGCAAGUCUCUACUACCGCAACACCGGACUCGGAUACGCCUGGACGGACAAAGGACGUCGCAACGCAACCGUCUUCUAAGAAGCCUAGCAGAAGCGCAACAGAAUUGCCAGACGAUAUCCCAAAGAUACUGAAUCUCACCCAGACAGAGAUGUUGUUAUCGCAUUAUGAAAGUUUCAUAUGCCCUCAUCAAAUUGCUGAGAUAGGUGGUACUAGCAGUAAUCCUUAUCGAGCCUAUAUACUCCCGUUGGCGCGGAAACAAAUCGGCUUGUUAUAUGCCAUACUUGGGCUCUCGGCCUCUCAUCUUGGCAAACUUACAGGGAAUAUGUCUCUAUAUGAGGAGGCUGCAGUCGAGUAUCGGCUGAGAGCCAUACGCGCUCUCAGCGAGGAAAUCAGGAAGAGUCAGGGACCUAAUUUCCUGCAUGAAGACGAGCAAGAUGCUGUUCUCGCCAUAAUUCAGAUUCUGCUGCUACACGACAUUGCUGAGACGGGUAUCUCUACCCAUGGAAUACACAUUACCGGGCAAUGUCAGUCGGAUGGGUUGAAUAGUCGGCGGCGACGAGCGGUUUUCUUUCUGGGAAAUUUGGCCUGGCUUGACAUCAUUCGUGCCUUUGCUGGUCCUGAACGAUUGUGCUUCUCUCAGGACAUUCGCGAAACCGUCGCCAGUGCCACCGAUGAAAAGUUCGAGCUAGUCAACGGAUGUCCCAGGGAGAUUUUCCUGGUUAUUGGAGCAGCCCUGGAAAAAGCAAAGGAAUACAAUCUCGGUUGGCUAUCAUGGGACGAGUAUCAAGUUGCUUUACAAUCGGCAAAGCACAAGCUCUACUCGUUUGACAGGACAGCUAGAACAUACCCCAGCUCUGAUCCUCGGUGGAUGUCCACAGCGGAGGCGUUUCAGUAUGCUUGCAUUCUACGCAUCCUUCGUUUGUUAGACCCAUUACAGCAACCCCGAAGCAAUGAGAUACAGGAGUGUGUGGCGAGGAUCUUAGACGCUACAGCGAGAAUCCCCUCAGACUGUUGCCUCCUUGAGCUUCUUGUUUUCCCGCUGUUCAUGGGUGGGUCGGAUGCGCUUUCUCCUCACUCCCAAUACUAUGUCAUCGCGCGCUUGAAUGAGAUUGAGCGAAGGUCUGAGUUCCGCAAUCCGGUACCUCGAGAAUUGUUGGAGAAGGUCUGGGCUGCGAGGGCUGCGCAAGCCCCUGGCGAUGAUCAAAACAUCUCCUGGACCACCUUCACUCAUUCACCCGAAUUGACACAGCAGCAUGAUUAUCUGAUUAUAUGACGGGGAUGGUAUGAUUCACUCAACCGUCCAAGAAUGAAUGGAUGC